ACGAUCUACCGAUCAUCGAGAUUGUCGUUGUGGCAACGAACGAGAUGCCACAGCGCGUAAAGUAUUAUAAUGUACGAGUAGCCGUGAUGACUUCGCACAUUUUGAGGUUAAACCCGCCGCUCUCCACAUGUUUUCCGUGUUCGUGUCAUCGGCAGGAGCCUUAACAACUUAUUGUGCAAAAACAUGGCUUUGUUACGAUACUUGUGGGUCUUGUUACUACCAGUUUUGACAUGCGUUCAGGGAGUCCUUAGGUCCUCAACACAGGAUUUAAAAGUACAACUCAAUCAGCAGAACUCAUUCAACUUAUCAUGGACGGAAUCAUUACAACCUGAUAGCAGAACUGCACUCGUUACGAUAGGUGUACAGCAUCCUGAUCUGCUAUCUGUACACCCAUCAAGCUUUUAUAUUCCAGACUCAAAAACAGAAUGGGUUAUUUAUGUUAAAGGCCUGAGUCCAGGUCAUUCGAUUGUUAGCACUAAUGUAACCCCCAGUGAUAUCACAGAUUUUUCCCAAGCGUUUGUUAGAGUGACAAUAGAGAAAUCAGAUACGUUAUAUCACACUAGUGCUGUGGUUGGAUGGAUAUAUUUUUUAGCAUGGAGCGUAAGCUUCUAUCCACAAAUCUAUAUUAAUUAUAAACGUAAAAGUGUUGUGGGUCUUAAUUUUGACUACCUAUCACUAAAUCUUGUCGGUUUUCUUAUGUACGCACUAUUUAAUUGUGGCCUCUACUGGAUACCUGAGAUUGAGAAUCAAUACUUCGAACGAUAUCCAAAAGGCUUGAAUCCUGUUCAAAUCAAUGAUAUAUUUUUUGCAUUACAUGCAGUAUUUGCUACUGCAGUAACUGUCGGACAAUGUUUUAUUUAUGAGAUUGGUAAUCAAAGAGUAUCAACGACUGCACGUAUUAUCCACGGGAUAUUUGCGACUUUUAUACUAAUAUCUUUGAUAUUAUCUUGCGUGAAGACAAUCCAGUGGCUCGAUUUCCUCUACUACUGUAGCUACGUUAAGCUCAGCAUAACACUUAUUAAAUACGUACCGCAAGCAUUUUACAAUUAUAGAAGAAAGUCCACUGUCGGCUGGAGUAUAGGAAAUAUAUUUUUAGAUUUUACAGGUGGCAUUUUAUCAAUGCUACAGAUGAUUCUCAACGCUUAUAACUAUGACGAUUGGGAUAGUAUUUUCGGAGAUCCGACCAAAUUCGGUCUUGGAUUCUUUUCUGUGGCAUUUGAUGUAUUUUUCUUAAUUCAACACUAUGUUCUGUACAGAAAUCGCGCAGACUAUGCUGAGCUGCCCGGCCAUUGUCAAGAGGAGCCCGAGGGCGCCUGCAGCGCAUGAAAAUACGAAAAAUC